GGGGCCCACUGAGAUAUCUUUUCAAGGGGUGGGGAGAUCUCCUGGCGACGCCCCUGCUUACAACACCAUAUGAUUUAUUAUUUCCUUGCUUAUUCAAAUGAUGCUUAAUGAUUUUCAACCACAAAACCAAUAUUCCUGUGGAUAAGAUAAAGCUAAUAGUGCUUUUCCUGAAGUGUCGACCAUUAUCACUGACUCUGUCGGUGGUGGGUUAAUAUUACAGCUUACAUAACAGCGUUUAAUAACCACAGCAGCACACACAACAUGGUGUGUUGUUUGAUUCAUGGACGCCCGUGCAGAAGCAGCUGAUGAGCGGCCCCAGUGGCUGUUGCUGUUGCUGAUGAUGAUCCGCGGCACAUGCUCAGUUAUGUACACCCAGACAACUUUGAAGGCUUAGCUGUGGCUGCUGAGGUCAUUGCACUGGAAAAAAAAAAAAAAUACACCGACUCCCUCUACUACACCGCCUCCAUUUUGAAUAGCCAUGUAAUAGGGGAUUCGCAUAGUUUGUGUGUAUCGCCCACUGCGCUGCGUAGUGUCAACAAGGCACAUCCAAACAUCCUUCGACAUGGACGACCUAUUCAGUCCGCGGAGGAGCCUGAACAACACACAGGGGGAGAUAAGAGUUGGACCAAGCCAUCAGGCCAAACUCCCCGAGUUACAGCCGCGGCCUGCUCAAGGUUUACAGACUCAGACAGAGAAUGAGGAGCUGAUGUGGACGCCCGGGGUCAAUGACUGCGACCUUCUCAUGUACCUCAGAGCAGCCAGGAGCAUGGCAGCAUUUGCAGGGAUGUGCGAUGGUGGAUCAACAGAGGAUGGAUGUUUAGCAGCCUCCCGUGACGACACCACACUCAACGCACUCAACAUGCUACAUGCAAGUCAUUACGACGCAGCAAAAGCUCUCCAGCGUCUGGUCAAGAAGCCUCUGCCGAAGCUAAUUGAGAAAUGCUGGUCUGAGGAUGAUGUGAAGCGAUUCAUCAAAGGCCUUAGGCAGUAUGGAAAGAAUUUCUUCCGCAUUCGGAAAGACUUUCUGCCAAGCAAAAAGACGGGAGAGCUGAUCACGUUCUACUACCACUGGAAGAAAACUCCUGAAGCCGCGGGAACAAGAGCUUAUCGUCAGCAGCGUCGGCAGCCGUCCUCUCGCAAAGCAAAGACUCGCUCUGUGGCAGCUCCUGUCAGCACUCCUUCAAGAAAUUACUCAGUUGAUGCCAGUUCUGCCAGUGAGGACGAUCUUGAUAGUGAAGACAGUGAACAGGAAAUCAAAAGCUGUAGCCACUGUGGUAUAACAACUUCUAAGGAUUGGCACCCAGGAGGAAGAGACAACCCCUUGCUGUGUACGCCAUGUCGUACAUAUGAAAACAAACAUGGAUGUCUGCCGCCUGCUUCAAAGUCUGGAGGAGCUUCCUUCAUGUUUAAACCGAUGAAAGAGGAAGAGGAGGUGAACAGCAAGCAUGGCAUGAGGACACGGCGAAGCAGAGCACCUCAGCUCUCCUCUCUGAGAAGUGGCCACAGGAGGCUUACAGGCUCCCCCACAAGUGAAGAUCAGCAGGCCGGGAGCCAGCCCGCUCUCAGUGGAACGACGUCUUUAAGAUCUUCUGCAGCAGAAAACAAGAAUGAGUCCAGCAGGAAGACCAACAAGAAAAUAAAAGAGGAAGUAACGUCACCAAAGACAACAAAACGAGUUCGGGAGAGUCCUGCUCAGGAGCCUGAUGAGCCUGAAAAGGUUGCAAAUAAAAGGCUGAAGACACAGGAUCCACAGGGCUCCCGCUCAGAGGGAGAAGCAGAGGCAGAAGAGGAAAGCUCCUCUGAAAGCCGCAGUGCUCAGGAUGACGGCAGCAGUGACACCAAAGACAUAGAUCAGGAUAACCGCAGCUCCUCUCCAAGUAUUCCCAGUCCUCAACAGGGCAACGAGAGCGACUCGGACUCAUCUGCCCAGCCCAAUGGCGUCCCAUCAGAGCCUGCUGCUCCAGCUGCUGUGCUGGCUGACACACCAACCCCACAGGCCCUCCCCUCUCAGGUCCCUCCAAUCACCCUUCAGCCAACCCAAAGCACCAACCCAGCUGAUCCUGCUCAGAGCCCUCCUCCUCCUUCUCCAGAACCCUCUCUGCCUGCUGCUGGUCAGUCAGCUCCUACAGCUGGCCCAAACAGCCGACCACAGCCGGCCUCUCAUUCUCUUCCUGGUCCACCACCGCCUCCAUCAGCACUGGGUCAGGACUCUCCUCUCUCUCCAGCAUUUUCAGUCCCACCUGCUCUCAGCUCAUCCCAGCCUCAUGGCCUGUCACCUCAGGCCCCCCAGCGGCCCCCACCCUUCUUUAGAGAGUCUCAGCUCCCACAGCCUCCUCUGUCUGGACCACAAAUCAAACCACCCCCUACCACUCCAAUCCAACCCUCACAAAAACAGAUGCCACACCAGUCUGCUACACCUUUCCCUCAGAUGCCCUCCAAUCUGCCCCCUCCCCCUGCUCUAAAGCCACUUAAUUCUCUGCCUAACCAACAUCCCCCUGGUGCCCCUCCUCCUCCCCUUCAGCUCAUGGCACAGCCUUUGCCAAUGCAGCCACUUCCUACCCAACUGCCAGUGAUUUCUCAGGUGCAGACCCAUCCUGGAAAAAGCAUGACUUCUUCUCACCCACCUGCUGCAGCCUCACACCCGAUCACUACCGUCACACCUUCUGCCAUCUGCCCUGUCCCAAGCCUCCAGCCUUCAAUUCCUCCUCUUCCUCUGAGACCCUCACCGAGCACAAUAACAGGGGGAUCACAAAUUCAGAUUAAAGAGGAGCCAGUGGAUGAGAUUGAGGAGGCAGAGAGCCCGCCAUCUCCACCUCGAAGCCCCUCACCGGAGCCAACUGUCAUCAACAUUGCAAGUCAUGCCAGCCAGUCUGCACGGUUCAUCAAACACUUGGAUCGUGGUUACAACUCCUGUGCAAGAACGGACCUGUUCUUCACUCCGCUUUCAGCCUCCAAGCUUGCCAGGAAAAGGGAGGAGGCCGUGGAAAAGUCCAGGAGGGAGGCGGAGCUUAAUGCUCGGCAAGAACGCGAGAGAGAAAAAGACAGAGAAAGAGAGAGAGAGAGGGAGGCUGACAGGAAUGCUAGAGCCUCCAGCUCCUCCCACGACAGUCGUAUGAGUGAGACUCAGAUGGUAGCUCAGGGACAUGGACGUCACUCCUUCGAGCAGCCGCCCACUACUGUAGCCGCUGUGCCCCCGUACAUUGGCCCUGAUACACCAGCUCUGCGCACCCUGAGUGAAUACGCUCGACCCCAUGUUAUGUCGCCUACCAACCGCAACCACCCUUUCUACGUGUCACUGAGUCCUGGGGACCCCUUGCUGGCUUACCACAUGCCCGGCCUGUACAGUGCUGAACCCAGCCUCCGAGAGCGCGAGCUGAGGAACCUCAGAGAAAGGGAGCUCCGUGAGAGGAUGAAGCCUGGCUAUGAGGUCAAGCCCCCUGACAUGGAAACUUUACACCCCUCUGCCAACCCAAUGGAGCACUUCGCAAGGCAUGGGGCAAUCGGUCUUCCCCACAUUCCCGGGCCUCCUCACCACUUUGCACCUUUCCAUCCGGGGUUAAACCACUUGGAGCGAGAGAGGAUGGCACUGGCAGGACCCCAGCUGCGCCCAGAACUGAGCUACGCAGAGCGACUAACUGCAGAACGCCUUCACGCAGAGAGGAUGGCAUCUGUUGAUCCUGCUACCAGACUGCAGAUGCUCAAUGUCACUCCACAUCAUCACCAACACUCUCACAUUCACUCGCACCUCCAUCUGCACCAACAGGAUCCCCUUGGUCAAGGUCCAGGUCCUCAUCCUCUUGUGGACCCCCUUGCACAAGGACCACGCCUGGCCAGGUUUCCUUUCCCUGGUGGUCCGAUCCCCAACGCUCUACUCAGCGAUCUCCCUCAUGAUCACGAAAUGCUGCGGCAUCCAUUGUUUGCGUAUCCACGAGAGCUGCAGGGCCCUAUUCCUCAGAUGUCAGCUGCUCACCAGCUCCAGGCCAUGCAUGCUCAGUCUGCAGAGCUGCAGAGGAUGGCGAUGGAGCAGCAGUGGCUGCAUGGACAUCACCUGCAUGGAGGCCCUCUACCAAGUCAGGAAGAUUACUACAGUCGUCUCAAGAAAGAAGGUGACAAGCCAUCUUGAGUCUCAGGUGGUGCAUGCACUGAAACCCUAUAUCCAUACCCAAUACAAUACUGUGUACUUAUAAGACCAUAAGAGAAUAAUUGUGUGUCUGUUUAUUGUUUUACAUAUUUUAGAAGAAAAUUUGUGGAUCUGUAUGUGCAUUCCUUGUUCAGCACUUAAUGGAAUGUCAAAGUUUGUCUGCGAUUUUCAUAUCACAUAAGACUUUAUACUAGUUUUAAUAUCACAAUAAUGAAAAAUCUCAUCCAUUUAUGUGAGAUUAAAGUUACAGAUUUUCUCUAUUAAUCUGUUCAACUGUUUCAUGCAGUGAGAUGAAUUUGCUAAAACCGUCACUCUUAUAAAGGAUAUGAAAACGGACAGACUUUGGUGUUAUGUUGAAAUAUCCCUUUGAUUUCUAAAUGAUUUCCUUGUACAGAAUGACAUCUAAAUCAGUGUUUAAAUGAUUGUAACGACCUAGCAUGACUCAGUCUUCAUUUUACACCUAAAUAGAGUAGCAAGUUGCAUUGUGGUGUCUAGACUUUGAAAGCAUAAUAGAGGUUGGUUUAAAUCUUAAAUCUGCUAAGUAUUUGUUUAAAUCCUAAAGUUUUAUAUAUCAAGAUAUCUUUCCACAAUAUAACCUAAGCUUUUAUUCGCUCAUUUUUGAGAUUGUAAAUAUUACAUGUUCACAUUAUUCUAUAUGAACGAGUACUAUUGAUUUUAGCUGUAGACAUUAACACUUGACCCUUGAUUCAGCACGAUAGCAGUAAAUCAUAAGCUAAAAAACAUAUAUGGUAUUAUAAGUUGAGAUGAUAUUAAUUGGACUUUGAUCCAUCACUACAGACACCAUUUUUUGUAUUGUUUUGACGCCGUAGCUGAAUUGGAGCGAAACUAAAUUUUGAGCAUUUUAAUGGACUUUUUUAAAAGAACUGCCUCUAAAUUUAAUAUUUAUGUGACAUAAUAUGGAAGUGUAUGCAUUGCAUAUUUAUUUCAAUAAAUAUUUCUGCAAUGACACCCUA